GGUGGCGAGGCGCGCGCCGGCCCAGGUGGCUGCGGGCCGCCCCACCUCCGCUCCCCGGCGGGAGAAACCAUCUCCUCAGGCGGGGGGGAGGGGCGGGGCCGGCGCCCUCCUACACCGGAAGAGGAAGUCGGGCCCCAGAAGUGACAGGCAUUCUGGGUAGUGAGCUGUUUACUUCCUGCGGUGUGGAGGCUGUGGUCGUGUACCCUGCUGUUCUUCGAAUCCGAGAGGAUGGCUUUGGAGACUGUGCCCAAGGACCUGCGGCAUCUGCGAGCUUGUCUGCUGUGUUCGCUGGUCAAGACAAUAGACCAGUUUGAAUAUGACGGUUGUGAUAAUUGUGAUGCAUACCUACAAAUGAAGGGUAAUCGAGAGAUGGUAUAUGACUGCACCAGCUCUUCCUUUGAUGGGAAUGGACCUUUCUUCGCCUACUAUAUCUUCCCUCACAGAGCUGUUUCUUUUCUUGCCACAGGAAUUGUGCGAGAGCUGAAAAGUCGAGGAGUGGCCUACAAAUCCAGAGACACGGCUAUAAAAACCUAGCAAGAUUCAGGCUGCCAGCAUCUUUUCAGUCCACCUCCUUCCUCUGCUUAUUUUUUGUUGUGGAACUAAACAGGCAGAACUUCAAAUACUACUUGCCCUCCAACUCUGAGAAUGAACAGACAAUUGAGAGAUUGUCUGUCUCCACCAUUUCACCUUGGGAUAGUGGUGGAGGUGGAGGGGUUGGGGCUGGAGGGUUCACAGAGACUGAAUUGAGGAGAAAGGAUGCUGGUAUUCCUGCUCACACCCUGGGCUGUGCUUUUGCCCAUGGGCAGUACUUUGAGUUAAAUUCCAAUUAACAUGAACCACUGGAAAAUUCUUAAAACUAUGACACAUGGCUUACCUCCCUCUCCCUUUCUUUCAGCUAGGCACAAUAAGGGCUCACUUGCCUGGUAAGCACCAUCCAACACAAUAAAGGCUCUUCUGCUCUUGUCACCUGUUUCUGGGCCUCCAGAAGUCAGCCUUCCCACCAUACUUGCUUGAGUUUCAUUGGAAGGUCUGCUGUUCUGUGGCACAGUAACCUCUCAGUGUAGUCCCACUGUCUAGUGCUUAUGUCUUGCCCUCUAGACCUGUCAUAUCAGUCUCUUGAAAUCUUGAGGCUUAGUGUUCUUUGCUCCUUGACUUUGUUCAAUACUGCUUCUUUUCCUUCUUUGUCUCUUUAUAUUUACUGAUCUACCUAUAACUUUGGCUAGUCUCAUCGUCAUUUUACAUUCCCCUCUGGAGACCUUCCAGCCUCAGGUGGGUCUUGUCUGGAAGUUUGUGCCUCUGUGGGAAGUUGGCUUUGCCUUCUCUAACUUGGUAGGGUGCUUUGGGUAAUUACAAGGGCCAAGGUGAGUUACCUGUUUUAAAAUUUAAAAAUUACCAUAAACUCAUUUAUUUAAGUUUCCACAGAAAUCCUAUUAGUAUCCCCAUUUUGAUUUAAGUUCAUCCAUAAAGUGACUUAAGUGAUUAUACUCUAUUUACUUCAAGAUUCUUGUGAUCAGAAAUGAAGCAAUGUGCUAGGCAUGGUGGCACAUGUUAUAAUGAGGCAGGAGGAUCACAGGUUCAAAGUCAGCCUCAGCAACUUAGGUUGUAAGCUACCUAGUGAGACCCUGUCUCAAAAUGAAAAAUAAAAGGCUAGGCACGUGGCCCAAUGGUUAGGCACACUUUGGUUCAACCUCUGGAACCAAAAAAAAAAAUGAAACUGUAAAAAUUCUAGAAUAUAAAUCUUACAAAAAGCAAAAUUCCUGUGUUCUUUGCUUAUUAUUAUUAUUAUUUAUUUAUUUUUUUAGUGUAUACAAUAUGUGCACAUAAUCAAAAUGGUUGUGGGUGGGGAUGUGUGAAGUGAUGCCUAGAACCACAACUGCAGGGUGACCUCUGACUCACUAGCAGAGCUGCCUGCACUAGGCUUUGUGUCCCUUAGCCACCUGGUGUUGCUAGUGAGUCAGUUUUGGGUUUACCUGUGACCCUGCCUGAGAAAGAAGAGAAAUGCUGACUAGUGUCUGUCUUCCUCCACACUAUGUUUGUCCCCUUUUAGGCUUGUGGGAUGAUUGCUGGGACUGAUCAGGCCACUCUUAUCCACUCCCAGGUUCUCCUCAAACUGGAACCAUUUCACUAGUGCCAUCAAGUUCUGAGGGAAUUGGUCUAUUAACCUCAUUUUCCAAAUUCGGCUCGAUGGGUAUAUAUUUCUCUCAAUUGGAGUUCAAUCUGAAAGGAGCUUUGGUCAGCAACCCUGCCAGGACACAGUUUACAUGAAGUGUAAGCUUCCAGAAGUGAAGAAGUGGGAUUUGGCAAGAGUGCCUAGGCUGUGCAACCAACCCCCAAACUUUCACUGUCUUUCUCAAAAAGUCCCUUGGAAAGUCCCAGCUGCCGUCCUAGGUGUCUGACCCGGACGUGGCUGCUUAGUGAGAAUGGAAACAGUUGUGGGGAGAGAAGGCAGGAGGAGCUGUGCACAAAUAACCACACGUGGCUACCUCAGUCCCACACUGAACUGGGUGCUGCUAAUCUAGCAGGAAGCGAAAGACAGGCACUAAUGGUAGUGGGGGAAGGGGCUUGUUUCAGCUCUGCCUGGGAGUUGCUUCUGAAUCACUUUCUUGCCUUCUCUGGUACUUAAAUAGUGCAGAUUAAGAUGUAGGAGUCCCAUCCUGUAGCGGGAGCCCAAAGAAACUAAGAUGGACUUGGUUCCAGGCUCCCUGAGGGUGAGUGGUGCUGGUACUGCUGCCCUGAAUUCCACAGCCAUGAAGGCUCCAUCCUGCCCAUUGUGUCUGUUUGGCUCCACUCCAUAAUCUGGGGUUCUGAGUCUGCCCAGGAUAUUAAGAUCUCUUAGGCUCUUGCUUUUUUAGUACUUUGAUCUCCUUCAGAAGGGCAAGACUCCUCAAUUCAUGAUAUAUCAGAGACUAGAAAUAGUAGGCAGGUUACUUUCCCCUUGCCUGCCUAUUCCUCAUUUACCUACCAAGUGCUGUUCAGUUAGGGUCUCCUCAGAAAAGAAUAGCAGUGCACUGGGGACUACAGCCACCAGCCCAAGGAGGAACUGAUAGCUGAUAGAUCAAGGGUCAGAACAUUCUAGUCUUGGAAGAGAGGGGCUGAUGAGAAUCUAAGCUCAGGCUGGGCUCAUCAGGUUUGGGGACUGAGCCCUUGCACUUGGUGUGGCCUGUUACUUCCAGCCUGUCCACAAUCUGCUGCUUAAUCUUCAUGUCCCUUCCCUGAUGUCUGAUCUCUGCAUAAAAAAAGAGGCAGGUAUGUAAUGGUAAGAACAGACUAAAAAUAUGUUGUCUGGAAAUCUGGUUCAUGUUUAGUAUCAGUAAAACCUUUUGUGUAAAUAGCAUUUUGCAGUUGACAAAGGGCUUUCACAUUCUUUGUCUCAUUUGAUCCUCACAAAACCCCUGAAACAGUUAAUAACCUUAUUUAGUGAUGAGGAAACAAGUUCAGAGAGUUGAUUGGCCUAGCCAUGAUUAACUAGUGGAGCGUUAGCUCAAGAAAUAGAAUGCCCACACCCAGUUGAGAGCUUCUGGUUCCCCAUAAUUAUCCCCAAACACAACACUUUGUAAGAGUUCCACAGAACCAGUGUGAGGCAUUAGUUUUCUGUUCAGUGAGGUUAAAACAUUGUCCUUAUACACUGAAUCCCCACCAACCACCCUACUCUUAAUACCUCUAUUUCCCUUUUUAUCCAAAGAGGGAGAGGCAGCGGGGGUAAUGGCCCAGGGAGGAGAUCCUUAGGACUACUCAAGGGUCCAGCCCUUUAUUUUCCUGGCUGCAUCUUUUCCAUUCCAACCUUCUUGGACACUUGCUGACUUGUGCCCUACAUUGCCCAACCUCUCUUCUGCAUUUUCCUCCUCCCCACCUACCUCCAUCUGCAGCCUGAUAAUGGCACCAUCACACCCCCUGGAACACAGACUUGUGUGAUGAAAAUGUGUAUCCAGCUAAAGGCAGAGUCCUUGGUUUCUAGCCCCACUACCUCCACCUGCCACUACCCCUGUGAUUUUUUUUCUAUUUUUUUAGUUGUAGUUGGACACAAUACCUUCAUUUUUAUGUUGUGCUGGGGAUUGAACCUAGGGCCUCGUAUGUCUAGGUGAACCUCUACUGCUGAGCCAUGACUCCAGCCCAACCCCUUCUCUAAACAAAAUUUCUUCUCGACGAAAUGCAAUUGACAGAGCUAUAAUGUAAGGUGGCAAGAUAGUGGUUCCUGUGACAGGUGUGGAUGGAAGAGAGCAUGAAGGGUAUCUACCGUGCUGGCUAUAUUCUAUCUUGAUGUGGAUGCUAAUUGCAUGGGUCAGUUCACUUUCUGAAAACUUGAUGUUAAAUACUUGUGAUUUGUUCGAUUUUCUGUUUGUAUGUUAUACUUCAAAUAAGGUUUGCUUAUAGAUAUAGUUGGUGGUCCCUGUCUUAGGGUCGCUGUAAGAUUCAAAUACUUAAAAUUGCUUUCAAGUAAGCAAUUUGAGAGCUAUGAACUACUAAGUGUAUGAAAGGGAUUCUCCUUAUCCAAAGUCACCUACCUCUGUAUUGUAGGUAAACGUGGCUAGAAUUUUAUCCCUUUAGCAUUGUUGGGUAACAUUUGUUCCAAUACAUCUAUCAUACAUAAAUAUUUGUUCAGGGACCAAAACUGCUUUUUGUUUUAAUCUUUCUGUUCUCAUUUUUUUUUUGUAAGAUUUUUUUUUUUUUCAUAGUGCUGGGGAUUUAAGCUAGGGCUUCAUGCGUGCCAAGCAAGCACUCUACCACUGAGGUAUAUUCCCAGCCCAAUUUAGGAAAAAAAAUAUUUUUUUAAAUUUGGAAUUGGGGAUUGAACUCAUGGCCUCAUGCCUCGUCCUUGGGUACCUUAGGUGAAUACUCUACCACUGAGUUAUACCCCAUAUCUUUUAUUUUAAGACAGAGUCUCACUAAAUCGCUGAGGCUGGCUUCAAACUUGCUGCCUUCCUCCUCCUGCCUCAGCCUGCUGAGAUUACAGGCAUGUGCCACCAUGCCUGGCUCCAUUUUUUUUUUUUUUUAAUGUAUUGGCUACUUUGCUGUUUGAAUACAGGAUUCUGAAUGUGGUUUAACCUACUUGAUCCCAGAAAUGAUUACUUUUCUACCUCUUGGAUUCAUAACCUGUCUGCUCUAGCUUCUGUUUCUCCUGUGUUGCUGUCUCUAUUCCAGUGUAUUUGAGCCAGAGAAUAGAAAUCCCUACUUGGGGCUAUCUAUGCCUUUGGCUGAGCCAAUAAACUUAGAUUAAGGAAA